AUGCCAAACUCUUGCAACGCUCUCCGCGAUGCCCUGGCACAAUGCCUCCAGCAGUCUGAUUGUAUCAUGGUACAGCGCCACACACCGCGAGAAUGCCUGAACGAACCUCUGGUCGAUGAACUCCCCGUCAAAUGUCAACAGUUACGGAAGGGCUUCGGCGAGUGCAAACGCGGACUAAUCGAUAUGCGCAAACGAUUCCGCGGCAACGCGCCCCUACAACUGUCCAAAGAGGUUGAGGGCAAGGCAAGCAAAUCAUCACAACAGUUGUAUGCGGGCAAGCCGGCAUUUGAGACCGUGAAAGAGAUCAGUGGCGAUGAGGUGCAGAUGGAUCCCGAGAAGACGAGAGGGCUGUGA